AUGGCUCUGGUGCGGUGUCCGCAGGCGGCGGCCUCCAAGGUCGCCACUGCGGAGCGGGUUCAGAUAGGCUGGACCCGCGCCGGGGAGGUGGUGCUGCCCGCUCGCGCGGACUUAUGCUUCAGAUGUCUGGAACAUGGUCAUGUGCGCGAGCGGUGCAGGAACAUCGCCGACCGCAGUGAUACCUGCUAUCGCUGCGGUAACCCCGGUCACCGUGCCAGGGAUUGCAGGGCGGUCUCGGCUAAAUGCGCGGUGUGCGCCGAGAGGGGAGGCCCGUCCGACCAUAAGGUCGGCGGGCUAGCCUGUAAGCCUCCGAGGAAUCUGGGGUGGAAGGGAAAGAGGAGGAACGCUGGGGAAGAGAGGACCAGGGAAGGGACCGGAGCCUCCACCCCUGCUACAGCAAAAGACUCUCAGGGAAGAAAAGAGGAGACCAGGCCGGUCUCCCCUCCACUGAAGGACCCGGUGCGGAAGUAA